UUUUUUUUUCCAACAUUUUUAUUUCACGUCCCCGUCAUCUCACCGCGUAUACCUUACCAAUACCACAUUAUACCACGAUAGUAUACCGCGUACGCCGUUCUCCCGCAGCGGCAGCAACACAGCGUCAGUUUGCCGAAUUCGACCAAUUCCUAACCCUUUAUCGUUCGGCAAUCGGUGCGAUUUCGCUGCUGCUGCCGCCGUCGCCCCGGGUAUACGCGCACGCACCGUCGUCAGCCGCUCGAAAUCCGCGCUCGGUCCGUACGACGCGACACAGUUUUAACGACAUUUUCCGUACCGCGGUGUCGCCGGCCGCCCCCAGUCACUACACGCCAGCAGCUACAGACCGAGCUCACCCGCUAGACGAAUAACAACGCUAUAUAAUAUUAUUGUGAUUCGUAACCGCUCCGGCUCUACACGGACGCACGCACACGCACGCGAUUGUGCGCGCCAACACACGCAUACCGGCUUAUCCGUUGUCGUCUUGUGUCCCGUCUUUUCUUCAGUCUUUUUCUCGUUCUUCGGCGAUGCCAAGUGAGUUACACCGUCGACCAUCAAAUAUCCAAUAGACAAGUCCGCCGUCGUCGUGUGUGCCAGAUGAGACGCGCGUGCUGAAAUUCGAGACGUCGCUACAGCCACAGCCACAGCCACCGCCACCGCCGCCACCUCGACGACCACUGCCACGACCGGGAUUCACUUUACUUCCGCAGAAGACGUCGAUAUUAUUUCUCCGGUAUGGAAGUUAACAACGCCAGGUUUGACGAAAACGCCGACGAAUCCCCUGCUGAUGCUCAGAAGUCUGAUGACCACAAAAAAUUGCUCGAAUAUGGCAUACACGAAUCUGUUGCCGAUAGGCUAGACGAAAUUUAUAAAAGCGGAAAAUUAGCGCAUUCUGAUUUGGAUACUAGAGCAUUGGAUGCAUUAAAAGAAUUUCCUGUGGAUGCAGCUUUGGGAGUUCUUUCUCAAUUCCUUGAUAGUAAUUUAUUACAUGUAUCUAAUAAGUCAGCAUAUUUAUGUGGAGUAAUGAAAACUUAUCGACAAAAAACAAGAAUUACACCUCAAGAGCAAUUUGUGCAACCACCCAAAGGACCUGAAUUUGAUAAAGUCAAGGAAAUAUUAGCUAGAACUAACUAUAAAUUUGAUGUGACAACUGGGCAACGAAAGUAUGGCCCUCCACCCGACUGGACUGAUCCUAAGCCAACUGCUGGUUGUGAGGUAUUUUGUGGAAAAUUGCCAAAUAUUGUGUUUGAAGAUGAAUUGAUUCCAUUAUUUGAAAAGUGUGGUAAAAUCUAUGACUUAAGAUUGAUGAUGGACCCAUUGUCUGGUACUAAUCGUGGAUAUGCUUUUGUUACUUACACUACUAAAGAAGAAGCUGAAAGAGCUACUGUUGAACUUGAUGGUUAUGAAAUAAAGCCUGGAAAAAAUAUUAAAGUGAAUAUUAGUGUACCUAAUCUUCGUCUUUUUAUUGGGAACAUUCCUAAAUCAAAAGGGAAAGAAGAUAUUAUGGAAGAAUUUGGCAAAAUAACAAGUGGACUCACAGAAGUUAUAAUCUAUAGUUCUCCUGAUGAUCGUCGAAAGAAUCGUGGAUUUUGCUUUUUAGAAUAUGAUUCUCAUAAAGCUGCUUCUGUAGCAAAAAGACGCUUAAGUGCUCCAAACUACAAAGUAUGGGGUUGUGAUAUAAUUGUAGAUUGGGCUGAUCCCCAAGAAGAGCCUGAUGAUGAAACUAUGUCAAAGGUUAAAGUGUUAUAUGUUAGAAAUUUAACUCAAGAAGUGACUGAAAACCGCCUUAAAGAAACUUUUGAAGCUCAUGGUUCGGUGGAGAGAGUAAAAAAAAUAAAAGAUUAUGCUUUUAUUCAUUUCAAUGAUAGAGGUUGUGCUCUUAAGGCUUUGGAAGCACUAAAUGGGAGCAAUCUGGAUGGAGCUACUUUGGAAGUAUCACUAGCCAAACCUCCAUCAGACAAAAAGAAGAAAGAAGAAAUUUUAAGAGCUAGAGAACGUCGUAUGUUUACUAAUAUGCAAGGCCGUGCUUUUGGGCUGAUGCCACAACCAUUAUCAUUGAUGGGGGCUCCGAGACCAGGCUAUCGCACUGUUUCAAAUAAUUUACGUAUGGCUGGUCGAGGUGAAUUUGAGUACAAAAUGAUUCCGACAGCAUUUAUUUUUCUUCCAACUAUUUUAUACGACAACUGUUGUGCUGACUAUAUUUACUCAAAUAACGAAAAGAUAAUUUUUUCCGUGAUGCCUGACAGUAUGUGUUUUGUCAGUAAAUGUAUCAAUUCAACAGAAAGGAUGAUGAUUGGCCAUGGGGAUUCAAUACAUGGAUGUGGCCCGCAGGCCGUUGGGAUGCUGGGGCUGCCGGUCCUUGGGGAACAGCGUCUACUGGAAAUAGACAAUGGCAUGGAGUUGCACCAAACAAUCGGUCAUGGGGAAAUAACGGCGGUGGCCGAGUCGGCGCAACUGGAAAUAGUAGCGGCGCUUCAAGCCAUGGGAAGUUUACAAGAUAAACAAGGCGAAAAGAGGUCUGAUAAAAGUCUCCAGAAAGAGGGGGGUCAGCGCAAUCGGACCCGCAACAGCUACAGACGUAAGGGCGUCGGCACAAACGACUGGAUGGGGCGAGAGCGAAAGCGCUGUACACUUGAUGUCAGUGACUGAUCGCAAAUGGUAGUUCUAAAAUAUUUUAGUACUUGCCAUUAGUAUCUCAAUUUCUCGCUCAUGUUACCUAAUUUCAUUGUUAUUUAGAUAUAUUUUUUUUUAUUAUUAUUACUUCUUUCUUGUCUUUCGAUUCAUAUAUCUUUAUCAGAAAGCUAUAAGAGCUGUGUUAAUAAAUUGUUUUUUUUUUUUAGUUAAAAGCUUAAAACUAUCGACUAUUUAAAAUUUUUGUUAUUUUUUCUUAAUUUUUUUAUCUUGUUAAUUUGACAAAAUUUAUUUUUUAAAACAUUACCAAAAUUUCUCCCCCUAUUUCUGGAGGCAUAUUAUAUUGUUUAGGGGGACUAAAAAUUUGAAAUAUAAGUUUUCACUAAACAUUAUUUGAUUUCUUUUCGUAUUCAGUCAAAAACAACUAGACUUGUGUAUUAUAAUUUUUUUUUUUUAUAUAUAUAUAUAUAUA